CAGGGGCUUCUGCAAAUGCUCACCACCAGGCAAAGCAACUUCUGCCAUGAAUAGUCAUGCUGUAAUUCCCUGUAUUGACUAUCCAAUUCCAGCCACAAAUCUACUUGAUAAAAUGUUUGUAAAUGAUACUGAGAGCUUCUUAUGUUGAUUAUCCUUCCAUUCAAAAACUGCUGUCUAUACUGAAAUAUUUUUAAUUGCAUCAGGUGAAUUGAAAAUGCAAUUCUCCAAACACUGAACAUUUCUGAACUGAACGUCCCCAGACUUCUCAGCUGAAAAUAUGAAGAAACAAGGUUCAGACAGCAAUCCUGCUCUGGUUAAUCCAGCAUUGCCAGAACCACUCAAAGAUUUAAAAAUUAAGUACACUAAGAUAUUUAUAAACAAUGAGUGGCAUGACUCACUCAGUGGUAAAAAAUUUGCGGUCUUAAACCCUGCAACCGAAGAGAAAAUCUGUGAUAUUGAAGAAGGUGACAAGGCAGAUGUAGACAAGGCUGUUAAAGCAGCCAGAAAGGCUUUUGAGCUUGGUUCACCCUGGCGAACGAUGGAUGCUUCAGAACGAGGAAGGCUCUUGAAUAAACUGGCUGAUUUAGUUGAAAGAGACCGGCUAAUUCUUGCAACAAUAGAAUCCAUUGAUGGCGGAAAACUCUUUUCCACUGCCUACCUAAUGGAUUUAGGUGCCUGUGUUAAAACAUUACGCUACUGUGCAGGCUGGGCUGAUAAAAACCAUGGCCGUACUGUGCCAAUGGAUGGAAACUUUUUUACAUUUACAAGACAUGAGCCCAUUGGUGUAUGCGGCCAAAUUAUUCCUUGGAACUUCCCAUUGCUUAUGUUUGUCUGGAAGAUCGCCCCUGCCCUUUGUUGUGGAAACACGGUGGUUGUCAAACCAGCAGAACAAACUCCACUGAGUGCCCUUUACAUGGGAUCCUUAAUUAAAGAGGCUGGAUUUCCACCUGGAGUUGUGAACAUUGUGCCAGGCUUUGGACCCACUGCCGGAGCAGCAAUUUCUCACCACAUGGAUAUAGAUAAAGUGGCUUUCACAGGCUCUACUGAGGUUGGCAAACUGAUCAAAGAAGCAGCAGGGAAGAGUAAUCUGAAGAGGGUUACACUGGAACUUGGAGGAAAAAGUCCUAUGGUUAUAUUUGCGGAUGCAGACUUGGAUGCCGCUGUGGAAUUUGCACAUAUGGGUCUAUUCUACCAUCAGGGUCAGUGUUGUAUAGCAGCAUCUAGGAUUUUUGUGGAAGAACCUAUUUAUGAUGAAUUUGUCCGCCGAAGCAUUGAACGAGCAAAGAAGUAUACCCUUGGGAAUCCUCUGUUGCCUGGCGUACAGCAAGGCCCUCAAAUUGAUAAGGAGCAAUUUCAAAAAAUCCUGGAGCUAAUUGAGAGUGGGAAGAAAGAAGGAGCCAAACUGGAAUGUGGAGGAGGUCCAUGGGGAGACAAAGGUUACUUCAUCCAGCCCACAGUGUUUUCUAAUGUUACAGAUGAUAUGCGCAUUGCCAAAGAAGAGAUAUUUGGACCUGUUCAACAAAUCAUGAAGUUUAAAACUACAGACGAAGCUAUCAGGAGGGCAAACAACACAACCUACGGCUUAGCAGCAGCAGUUUUUACCAAAGACAUUGAUAAAGCACUGACAUUUACAGCUGCUCUUCAGGCUGGAGUAGUAUGGGUUAACUGCUAUAGUGCAUUGUCUGCUCAGUGUCCUUUUGGAGGAUUUAAGAUGUCAGGAAAUGGACGAGAAAUGGGAGAAUAUGGCCUUCAUGAAUAUACAGAAGUUAAGGCCGUCACAAUCAAAAUCCCACAGAAGAACUCAUAAUGGUGCCUGAGGUGUCAAAUUCAGCUUCUUCAAGUGCUAAAUGACUCUGCAAAUGCCAUUUGAAUUCUCAGAAAUUUUAUAUCCCAAAUUAUUCAUUAGCCUUUUGCUUUCUGAUUGCAUAAGAGAUACUUGCUUGCAUUAACAAUAUAAACAAUAAUGUAGAAUAUUAAAAUGUGAUUAACUGCGAGAAGGAAACUUCAGUGUCUGGAAUAUAGCUAACAUUUUGAAAAUCAUAUUAAGAAAUGACUGUCUUUCAUCUUCUUUGGAAGUUAUCUGUAGUGCUGUGAAAAUAUUCCUUUUUCAGUACACCAUACAUGUACAGCUUGAAUUUCUGUGCUCUUCUAAAUAGUAGGUGGCAAUCUUCUCUUUGUAUUUUCUUUUCCUGUGGCCUUACAAAAGCACUUAUGAGUAACUAGCAGAUAGAUAUCUUUCUGUGUCUUUGGAAAAUCAUAAACUACUCCUAGAUGUAAUUCUUAGAAUGUUGAAUUUAUUCAU